CUAAACAACACAGGGAAAAACAUUAUUUGAUGAUGGAUGAAAAAAAUAGCUUUGGCCCGAAUGAACCCUUCUGUGCUAUCAGAUUUAAAGCUCUGGAUUAUGUCUUUGAGACUAGCACCACCCUGAAAGUAACCAUGAACCUACUGACCCUGCCAGCACCUUACCUGACAAGUACCAGUGACCUUUACCCCCACAGAGGGAAGCUGGUUGAUGGGACCUACAGGACCCCCUGGAUCAGAGGAAAGGUGAUCUCCUCCUGCAAGCUCUUUGUGGGAGGUUCAGUGCUGGACGAACUGGAAGGAAAAAAUCAACCAAUGAAUUCUCUAGAAAGAUUUUUUGUGGAAAACYACGAGGAGGUGAUACCCAGCUCUAAUCCUGACUCCCUGGAGGAUUUUGACCAGGAUCAGUUAAAACAAUCACAGAUUAAUGAUCCAUUCCAGGAGUCCUUCUUCAAGUGUACACCUGACCAGAGGACGUCAGAAAACCAGAUCAAAGCUCUUUUCAUUAAUGAGGAGCUCAUACCUGUGGAUUACCUGCCACACUUAAGGAGACAUUUACCCUCGCUGAGCGCCAAACUGUCCAGACUGAAGACGCUUCCUGUGGCCGACCCUCUGCUGAGCCCGGCAGGACUCGCCAUCUCUGAGGACGCCAUGUUCAGCUGUUUUAGGGGAUGUGCUUCGUAUGAAAAACCUCCAGAUGUGGACUCUGUAAACCGUCAGACAUGUGCAGAUGUUCAGGAGUUUCUUAAAGAACCACUCUUGGAGGGAGAGCAGCUGCUGCUGCCUGAUGUAGUCGACACUCUUCAGCUGGACCCACCAAACUGCGACGUCUCUAGUUGGAUGAAUGUUUCUCCUGAACCCCUGGACGAGCCGAGUUCUGUCCUGGAGCUGCUUCAGAAUGCUUCUUUUCCCAAAACAUCAGUGGACAUUUCCCAGUACGAUGAACCACGGGAGCUAAAAGAAAACAAAUUGAAUCAAAGCCUGAUUGAGUCAGAGUUUUCAGGUCGUGUUUUGCCACCAGCUGAACUAGAGUUGGACGUAAUUCUGAGCCCGAUWUCUAAAAAGAGUCCAAACAUCUUCUGUCUGUCCGCCGCUCGUCUCCAGGAAGAAGAGUUGUCUCCUUUAAGUAUAACAUCUCUGGUUUCAGCGAAGACUCAGAAAAUCAUGGAGGCAGCAGUUUGGAAGGCAGAGAAGCAUCCGACCUAUGUGGCUGGGUUUCUUCUGUCAGAGCCUCAUAUAAAUGAACCAGCCUGGGACUUCCAGCCCCUGAGUGAAGUUUUGUCAGCUUUUAAAUUAGAAAAACAAAGUUUCAGUGAGGACAAAUCAGAGUUACAGGUGUUUUUGGGCCAAAGUCGRGAGUUCACUGAGAAAAUGACGACUGAGAAUCUCAUAACCAGGGACAACGAUGAGGUGGAAGACUUCCAGAAACUGUUACCUGAAGAUUUAGAAGUUGAAUCCAUUGUUCUGGAUUUUCAAAAUAAAGCUCUACUCCGCAAAGAAGCCAGCGUGGCUUCACCUCAGAGCUCCCUGAUGCCAGCUCUCAGCACAAUAAAUAAAAAAGAAAAACCCGUUGCUGCCGUCAGCACCAACGCAAACAUUUUGGAAAACAAGUUUUCAGGAGCUGCAGUCAAAUCGUCCGCUCAAACAAACACACUCACCUCAGCUGACGUCUUUAAAACUACACAGAGCUCCCAAAAGCCUGAUCUGAAUCUGCCCUUUAGCUCAAAUCUAAAAGCUAAACCGAAGAGCCUGACGUGUGCGAGGCAUCAACCUGAAAAAGAUAUCGACCCUCUGUCUGACUUUAUAACCCUGAGAUCCCUGCAGGCGCCUCCAGCUGAAACAUCUCCAAACUCAGCCAACACUGAAGAGUACCUGACCGAAGCAGCCGAGGUGUGCGAUGAGCGGAGUCUGAAGCAGCUGCUGAAGAGGCUCCAGAUCAUCCUCUUCCUCAGUCACAGYGAACAAGAAGCCAGCUUCAAAGUUCUGGAGCUGCAGCAGCUGCUGGCCGAUCGGCUGCUCAGCAAGAAAGGAAACAACUCUGCAYAGAAAAUWCUCAUCAUGCUGUCUGUUGAUUCUGACGAAAACAGAUCAAUAAUCAUUAACAGCUUGAGCCAAGUGACGGCAGCUGCUGUGCUAAAAAUACUGAUACUGAUAGAGUUCAUCAGAGCUCAGUUUGUUUCUGCUGCAGGUGCUGCUGUGGCUUCACUUUGUCCCGAUGAAGACAACAAGAAGCUGAACGGUGCCGCUGUGGUUAGCAGCGUGUACGACAAUGAUUGUGUGGUGGUGUCGGAGCAACACAUAGGUCCAGACUUCCCCUGGACGGGUUUCUCUCUGGUGGUUGAGUUCGACCACCCWGGCCCGUCCCCGUGGUCCUCGGUCUGCAGCGAGAGGAGCAUUGACCACGUCUCUUUCAACACCAGCAUCUCCGACUCUGAUGCCGAGACMUCCUCGUGGCGUCUGGAGGACAACGUUCCAUUUACGGUUUUAGUGACCGAGGGGCUUCAGAACCGUCCACUGCUGCUCCAGACUGUUGAGUCAGGUUUCAAUGUGAAUGUGCUGGAAAGGAGCCACUGUCCAACCCUGCAGAUGCUCGGGGGGAUCCACAACUACACUGUGAUCACAGUAGAUGAAAGCACUGCUGUUGUUAUCCAGGAGCAGGAUGAACUGUGUGAAGGGCGAGCCAGUGAGGGACUGGUGAUGAGGCUGACGGCUCUCUCUCUACAGUACAGCAGCUGUUGGCUCAUCCUGUACUGUCCUGACAGCCAGGGAGGAGGGUUUUCCAGCGAAGCCUUCAACAACUUGGUGUUAGUUUAUUCAUCUCUGGUGCUGUUCAGCACGAAGACUGAGGAACUGGAUGUGAAGGUUCUGAUUGUGUCACAAGUGUUGGAAAUGGCCAAGUUCAUCACCCAGAUCUGCUUCACCGCCCUGAUGUCCAGUGACCGGGAUCCUGUCAGRUACCUGAACAGAGACUGGCUCACUGCGAUGCCUUCUCAGGAGGAAGUGUGUCUGUCUCAGUUCCCGUGCAUUAAUCCUCUGGUCAGUCAGCUGAUGUUGAACAGAGCCCCGUCCCUCCAGUGGCUCCUGGGGGCCCCUCUGGCUCAGCUGAAGGAGCUGUUUCCUGAGGUGCCMCAUAAAGUCCUGAAGAUGUUCAGUGACACCACCUCCCUGUACUGGAAUAAUGCAGAACCUAAAGACCCCGAGACAAACCAGGAAACAAGUCUUUCUCAGGGCAUUCACACCCCUUUUGAUCAAAGUGAACACAUGAAUCCUGUGCAUUCAGAGCUGUUCUGCAGCUUCCCUCAUGAAGCCAUGAGAGCCCAGGACCCUUUCACUGAACCCGACUCCUCAGACUUUAGACUCGACCUGAACCGUUCCUUUGGCAGCCCCAAGGUGGGCCUUCGAAGUAGCUGGACCCGAAAUGACGUGUGGAAAGAGGAGGAGAAGCUUCCUUUGUGGAGUCACAGAGCUGCAGGGAGAGUGGUUGGAAGAGUGACCGACGAGUGGACUCCGAGGGCCUCUCAGAACGACUUCCCCUCAUAUCUGCACAGCGACGACAGUCCUCUCAAACUGAGCUCUACGCUCAGCUGCAGCCGAACGUCCCCUCACCCCACGAUCCACAAUGAGCUCCAGCUUCCUGCGAACGACCACAUCACCUUCAGUCUGAGUCCCCCUGCAGACGUCCCGUGGGGUCUGAGCGGCACCGAGUGUCUCUCCAGCAGCAGGGAGCCGGCAGCAGCUCCGGCCUCGUACGGCUCCAGGAGCUGGACGGGUUUGGAGAGGAAGAGGAGCUGCGAGGCAGCCGGCCUGUUUGAAUCAAUGCUGGAGCCGCUGAAGAGGAGGAGGCUGAGCUACGAGAGGGUUCCUGGCAGAAAAGAUGGGCAGACAAGACUUAAAUUAUUUUAGUGUUAUGAAAAAUAAUAAUAUAAAAAAACUUGUUCAAAAAAUAAAUUAUUUUAUUUGCCUCUAAAGAGUUUUGUUGUAAAUGUCAGUUUUGCAUAGUUUGUCCGUAUCUUUUUGUAAUAAGCUGAUAUGAAUUACAACUAAUAGUAACAAUUUUUUCUUUUCAUAGAUCAUUUAAUUGAUGAUUUAAUGAUUUUUUUGAGAAUAAAUCGGGUAAAAUGUAAAUUUAUAGGAUGACCACAUUAAAGAAAGAGCUGUUUUUUUAAAACAAUAUAAUUAAACAUAAUUUUAUCUUUUUUCUACAUUCAGUUUGAGGUGUCUCUGCACACUGAGCAUGCUCAGCAGUGGAAAAACAAGACAUGAUUUAUGUGUGAAGGAGUGAAAUUGAGGGUCUUUCCUAUCUGCACUGAUAAAGUCUCUCAUUUUCYCGGCUCCAUUGGUGGGGCUUCUUUUUUUAAAUAUAAUUUUGUGAAGCAAUCCCCUUAUCGUGGUCUCUCAGCGUGUGAAGAGAGUGCUUAUCUUCACGAGCCAGCAGAGUGAAGCCAGUUCCCCCAGGAAUGAUCCCCAGACAAAGACGACCCCGGGGACAUGGACUCCACACCUCCCCGCCUCCGGCCGGCCGUAUCCAGCUCUGACUCGCCACCAUCAAUAACCUGACAGCCUUUUUUUUAUGUGUCUUUCUCGGCCCUGCCUUCUGAGU